UGCAAUCGAUGACUCCAUAAGUGUUGUUGUUAUGCAUUCAUAAACUGUAUGUCUAUUGUAUUGAUAGCACAGUAAUGGAGUCAUCAAUGAGUUUAGCAUUGAUUUAAUAAAAACAUUACUAAUAAUUGAGUGAUUCAUUGAUUUUGAAACACAUAUCAAGACUAAAAUUAAGACUUCUUUAGAUUGAAUGCAAAGAAGUGGUGAAGAAUCGUGUGAUAGACAAUCUGUAGAUUAUCGGCGAUUGCCAUCAAGUAGUGAGUCAUCGCUGAAUCAUUCAAACGAUUUACAAUCUCGAGUGUCAUCGGAGUCACCAUUCAGUGAUAUCGACGAAACAGAAAUGAAUGAAAGCAAGUAUUCAAAAGUUAUUUUUAACGAAAUCAGUGAAUCCUAUCCAACGGAUUUUGACAUCGAGUGUCGCUUUUAUAUCGGCGAUGCCGUCCAACCAUCUGAUACGGACAAAGUUGGACUCUUCACAGUCGGUUGGCGUCACAUCAAUGAAUGUCUUUUGUUUAAAAGUUUGGCCGAUUGCGAGACUAAUGAUGAUUUCGGCGAAAAGAAAGUAAAGUUUUCGGCAUCACUUCUGCCCAAAACUAGUGAUGAGUUAUUUCAAUUCUGUUAUGUGGCCAAUGAUGACAUCUGUGGUGCGUCGACACCAUUCAGAUUUAUUAGACCUCAUGAAGAAGACUUAAUUCAAUUGGACAAUAAAAACUCGGAUGAAGAGGAUUUUGUUGUCGUUCGUUCACAACAGGCUCUACUUCAGGAACGACUUCAGCAAUUGGUUAACGAGAAUGGAGUUCUUGAGUACACCAAGAGAUCACUCGAACAACAGAUGACAUCGAAAAAUGCAGAAAUUCUUGAGUUAAGAAAAAUGUCUGUUGAUUUCGAAGACAAAUUGAAAGUAUUGCAAAUCGAGUCAAACAGGAUUUUGGAGAAAUUGAAGACAACUGAAGAAGAUAAUCGAAUGAAAGACGAKAAAAUCGAGUCAUUAGAACAGAUGAUAAAGGAUAUGAAAAAAUGUAAUGAAGAAUAUGAAACAAAAUAUGGAUCACUUCAAGUUGAACUCAACAAGACUUUGGAUGUACUCAAAGAUUAUCAGUUAAAAGAUGCGAAAAGUGAGCAAAUAAUUCAAAGUCGAGAUCAAGAAAUAUUUGAUAUUAUUAAGAAGUCGGCUCAACAGCAGGUGGUAAUCGAUGAGUUAAGUUCCUCUAAAGCACUAUUUGAAGCCAAACUUGAGAUGAGCAGCACUUCAAUGGCUAAAGUGUUAUCCGAAAGACGAGAUUUGGAAUUAGAAAACAGGAUUCUUCGCAAUGAAUUGGAUGACAUAAAAGCAAAAUGUGAUUCAUUUCAGAGUAAAACAGAUAUAAUGAUGAGUGAGAUCUUGGAUUUUGACAAAAUUAAACUAAAAACAAAAGUCCAAAUAAAGACAAUGACCGAAGAAAUGGAUGAAUUGCGACAAAAAAUAUCAGAAACUGAAUCGACAAAGAAUUCAAUUUCUGAAGACUGGAAAAAUACAUCCGAAAAGUUAGAGAAAGAGAUCGACGAACUAAAGCUUCGUUUGGCGAAUGCCUCCGAAGAGUAUCAAAAGGUCUACAAAUAUAAUACAAAACUUGAAAACAGAAUCGAAAAAAUGAAAUCUAAAGUUAAGAAGUAUUUCGAUACAAAAGCACAAACAAAAGCCGCGGUCAAUGUGUCCAUUAAUGAACGACAAGAAAUAUUGGCCAGAGCUGAGACCGAUGUUAAGACAGUUAUUGAAAGUGAAACAGUCAACGAAAGACCACUUUUGGGCGAUACAGCUAUCAAACAAAUCAAUCAGACAACUGAACGGUUUGAAAGCAUUCAAUUAACUCAAUUGCCGUGUAUUAUAUGCAAUGAGGACAUCACUUGUAUGACUAAAGACUCUAAAUCUAUGGUUCAACACUUGGAAGAUAAACAUAAACAACGCUUGUGUCCAAUCUGUUCGACACCCUUUGACCUGACUCUUCCCGGACACUCAAACUACUUCCAGAUGCAUGUGGACAACCACUUUGAUACCCGACAGUCACAUACUGCUCCUAACCCGCCGGCAAUGAUUCCAUAAAUUGGAUGAAUCGGAAGUAUUUGUAUUUUAAUUUUUAAUUUUAACGACGAGUAAAGAAAAUUAUUAUAUUGACGUUUAAAUCUUUGUUUUUAUUGAAAUAAUUAUAUUUCUAUUUCUGUAAAUUUCAAUUAUUUUAUUUAUAAUUAACUUACCGACUAUUUGUAUUUAAGCACCGGUAAUGCUAAAUUUAUUAUAAGUGACAGUAGGGUAAUUGUACUAUAAUACAGCAAUUCAAUUUUAAUUAUGAUUUAUAAUGUACCUUAAAUUAUAUAAUUGCAAACAUUGUAAUGACUAAAUAUAUGAUUAA